AUGAAAGCACUAACGUUACAACAGUCAUCCGAUGUCCCUGCUAUACCUUUGGGUAAUAUUCAGUCAUCAGACUGUUCCAAGAAAAAGAGGCUUACCGUGUCAAACGUUGAAUUUUUAAAAUCUCUAGGAUUUGUGAUCGAGACUCACACAUAUAAUCCGUCCGCCAACACAACGUUCGAACAUAGAGAUGAGAUAAGAAUACCUAUACAACAGCAAGAUUUAUACACGUUACCAUCUGAAAGUUUUCUAUACAUUGAGGGAAAACUUACGAUAAAAAAACCAGCUGAGGGAUCUGAUGUGACAUUGGGAAAUAAUUGCAUUGCGUUCAUGUUCGAUGAGAUUCGAUACGAGCUCGACGGUGUGGAGAUUGAUCGCAACAGAAACGUUGGAAUAACCAGCUCCCUCAAGAACUAUGUAACUAUGUCAUCCGACAGAAGCGUAAUCGCAAGGAACGCCGGCUGGGAUCCAUGGAAUCCCCCGAACGGAUAUUUUAAUUUUUGUGUACCACUCAACAUGCUACUGGGAUUUUGUGAAGAUUACAGAUGCGUGGUGAUUAACGCUCAUCAUGAGUUGAUCUUGAUACGCGCGUGCAACGACAACAAUUGUUUAGUUGGUGAACCGGCGAGAGAGCCUGAAAUUGAAUUAUUCAAAGUACAGUGGCGAAUGCCACACGUACUGCUGAACGAGAUAAACUGUCGAUGUUGCGUGCUCUCGAAAGUGGACGAUAUCUGA